AUGAUAAGCGACACAAGUGAAGAUGCCAACGGGGGAGAAAAUGAGAUGGCCCAUGAGAAUGUAAAAAGUGGAUGCGACGAAGAGGACAUAAAAUAUAAAAAACCAGACACGCACACCAAUUUUUGGAAAUCCUUCGGGCUUGGUACCAAGGCAGGGAAGCUCCUUUACAAUCUGUACGGGGAGAGAAGCAAAAUAACCCCCGCGCUUAUCAGCACCAAGAGGGCUACUAAGGAGGAUCCACCGAUGAGUGAACUUUCCGAGGUGGAGAGGAGACGUCCCCAAGUCAGCUACCCCGAAUUCAAAAAGCCGGUCCGGAAGGAACACCCAAUUGAUACGAUACCGCACAGAAAGCCCCUGGCAAAAAUCCUGGAAGACACAAAAAAUUACGAAUGCAUCAAAGAGCUUCCUGCACGGAUCGAACGAGAUCGAAUUUUGGAAAAAAAAAAACUCAGCGACCUUUUCUUUGGUUACAAAUGUAAAGUGGUCCCCCCCAGUUCUUCUCCGGCUGUCUUAACGGACGAGGAGAAAAGGGAAGCAAUCGAGAGUGCUGAGAAGGCUUUCUCAGACAUGAGAAAUUCCAGUUGCAGGGAAGACAACCUUAAGGAAGGCAUGAAGGUGUAUCAAGCCGAAUUGAUGACGGAACUACGAGAGAAGGUAGACCAGUAUAAUCAGCUUGUAUCCGUUGGAAUGGCAAACAAGGAGGGUGGCGCUCCGACGGACAGAGAGUGCAACGAAUAUGAAUAUAAAAAAAUUCAGCUAGUCAACGAAAUUCAGGAUUGCAAAAGGAACAUUGAGAAGACGAAUGCUGUGCUGGAUUCGUCCAAGUGA